CCUACAUCACUUCCGUUCAUCGGCUGAUCGAGUCAGAAAGACAGUGAAAAUGGCGGCUUUCGGACAAAUUUCUCAAACGCUCCUGCGGUCCUCAUUGAUCCAGACUCGUCAACUCUCUGCCACAGCAGCCCAUGGUCAUGCAGAGCAAACAGCCAGAACAUGGAAGAUCCUCUCCUUUGUGGUUGCCCUUCCGGGAGUUGCUGUGUGCAUGUUGAACAUGUACCUGAAAAUGCAGCACCAUGCUGCGCAUCAUGUGGAGCCAGAGUUUGUCCCUUACAGCCAUCUUCGCAUUCGCAGCAAGCGUUUCCCUUGGGGAGAUGGCAACAAGAGCCUGUUCCACAACCCUGAAGUGAAUGCCCUCCCUGAUGGCUAUGAGGGACGUGACGAGUGAUCUCUCCCUCAGACCACCUCACACACUGGGACCAGUCUCUUUCUUCAAUUCAUUACUGUUACUGGACCACACUCCCCAAACUGUUUACUCUUCUCUAUUCUAUUAUGUUUACCUCUGUGCACCUGCCACAAGGGACCCAAAAUCUUGGUUAUGUUUUUCUGGACCAUUUAACACCAUUUCUGCUUAAUUUAAAUAAAAAUAAAUAAUUUCAAAAAUA